AACUUGCUUCUGACCAAACUGAAUUUCUGAAGCUCUGCAAGAGAGUUGAGUACACUAUUCGUGCUUGGUAUCUUCUGCAAUUUGAGGAUCUGAUGCAACUGUACUCUCUAUUUGAUCCUGUUCAUGGUGGUCAGAAAUUGGAGCAACAGCAGUUACCUCCAAAACAGAUAGAUGUUCUCGAACUUAGUUUUCUAAACUAUUUUUUCCAGAUAAUGGAAAAGAGCAACUUUAAACUGGUGACUGAUGAGGAGUUCAACAUUGCACAGGCUGGGCAAUACCUCUUAAACCUUCCUGUCAAAGUGGAUGAAUCUAAGCUGGAUAAAAAGCUUUUCCCAAGGUAUUUUAAAGACCAUCCUCAAGAAAACCUCCCCAAAUUUUCUGAUAAGUAUAUCAUUUUUCGUCGGGGCAUUGGAAUUGACCGUACCACUGAUUACUUUUUCAUGGAGAAACUUGACAUGAUCAUAGCUCGUAUUUGGAAGGGGUUUCUUAGAGUUACUGGGCUUCAGCGACUCCUCUCCAAAAAGCCAAUUCUGAAGCCUAAGAAAGACACCAAGGAACCUGAUGAAAUAAGUGCUGUCACAGAAGAUCAAGACUUAGUUAUCGAACGUGUUCGGAUUGACAACAUGGAGCUGAGCAUGAAAAAUCUAUUUGGCCAAAUUACAAUCCAAGAACCAACUUUUGAUAGGAUGAUUGUUGUCUACAGGCGGGCUAGCACCAACACCAAAGAAGAUCGAGGAAUCUAUGUGAAACAUUUUAAGAAUAUCCCAUUAGCAGAUAUGGAGAUAGUUCUGCCUGAGAAGAUGAACCCAAGUUUAACACCGAUGGACUGGGUGAAAUUCCUUGUUUCUGCUGCACUUGGUCUUGCUACUCUUGUUAGUUCUCUUGAAACGCCUAAAGCUGAUAUCUGGGUUGUUGUAGCUAUCCUCUCUGCUCUUGUUGGAUAUUGUUCUAAAGUCUACCUCACGUUUCGGCAGAACAUAAAAACUUACCAAAAUCUAAUCAUGCAAUCAGUAUAUGACAAACAACUGGAUAGUGGGAAAGGCACACUUCUGCACCUGUGUGAUGAUGUGAUUCAACAGGAAGUUAAAGAAGUGAUAAUUUCUUAUUUUAUUUUGAUGGAGCAGGGGAAGGCAACAAUACAGGAACUUGAUCAGCGGUGUGAACAACUCAUUAAAGAAGAAUUUGGUGUGGAGUGCAAUUUUGAAGUCGAGGAUGCUGUGCAGAAAUUAAAGAAGCUUGGUAUUGUUGCUAGAGACACCAUUGGAAGGAUCUUCUGUGUUAAUUUGAAGCGAGCAAAUGAAAUCAUUGGCACCACGACUGAAGAGACGGUGAUGAGGGCCCAACAAGUCCCUCCUACCUAAUUUUUCAAGCUGAUUUUAGUGUGGAAAGUCUCUGGUGGAGAUGGCUUUUUCAUCUUGUUCAGUCCAACCAUGUAAUAUAAACCAACCAUGAACCUUUACCUCAUUCUUUUAUUUAUAUAAUUAUGUUCCUGUC